AUGAGAAAAUUCUACAUUUAUGCCAAUUUUCUGAUUUUAUUCCUCGGAAUAUUUGUUUCAUGCUAUGGUGAGUUAAAAAAUAAUUUGUACUUUUUUGAACUGCGAAUUUGUUUGAGCUCUCUAUGUUGAAAUCCGAAGUGAAUCAGAUCCGGAAUACAUCGCAAUGUGCGAUUUGAAUCAAUUGGUUUCUUGUACGAAAGUUAUGAAUUCGGAAUAUUCGACGGGUUUUGGAAUUGUCAAAUUGAUUUUUGGUGAAGAUAGUUCUCUCAAUAUGGUGUGUAGGAAUGAGAAAUGAAAUAUGUGGCUUCUAGUGAAGUUUAAACCCGCGCUAACCAACCUAUAAGUAUAAUUAAUUUCUCUAAUUUCCAGAGUAAUGCAUUUUACGGAGUAGUUGGCUAUUUUUUCCUAACAAUAUUUCAAUUUUUCGAAAUUCUUCAUCCAUAUUUUUUGACAAGUAUAUCAGUCAAAAUUGGUUAUCUUCUCAACAUUCUCUCAAUUUACUUGUUUUUCAGUGAGUUUUGAAUAUGAGCAUCUGUCCAGAAAACUAAAUUCAAAAUCUUCAGUUCUUCUUCAUCUCCAAACCCUUUGCAUUGUUUGUCUGACAACAUAUUUUGUAAAUGCAGCAUAUUUAUUUCUAGCAAUUCGAAGAAAUCAAAUCAACAAAAAUAAAUCGGAAUAA